AUGACCACGUGCCUCAGUGUCACUGAUGCACUCCCCAACCGUGCAGGCAGCCAGGAAGGGCUGCAGGAAGAGAACCCACGCAGGCUUGUCCAUGAUGGCUUUUGCCUGGUCGCCGAGGGCAGCCUGGCGUGGGUGCUCUGGGUGGCAGCGGCGGCCGGCGUGCUGGUCCUGCUGGCGGCUGAGGCCCGCGGCCAGAAGGUCUUCACCAAUACGUGGGCUGUGCGCGUGGCCGGCGGCCCGUCCGUGGCCGACAGCCUGGCCCGCAAGCAUGGCUUCCUCAACCUGGGCCAGAUCUUCGGCGACUACUACCACUUCUGGCAUCGAGCGGUGACAAAGCGGUCCCUGUCGCCUCACCGCCUGCGGCACAGCCGGCUGGAGAGGGAGCCUCAAGUCCGGUGGCUGGAGCAGCAGGUGGCAAAGCGGCGGAGCAAACGGGACGUGUACCAGGAGCCCACGGACCCCAAAUUCCCCCAGCAGUGGUACCUGUCCGGCGUCGCCCAGCGGGACCUGAACGUGAAGGCGGCCUGGGCGCAGGGCUACACGGGCCGCGGCAUCGUGGUCUCCAUCCUGGACGACGGCAUCGAGAAGAACCACCCGGACCUGGCGGGCAACUAUGUGAGCGGAGCGCGCUGA